CAGAAACUAAGCGGAGGGAACAGGAGAGGACAGUUAGGGUUUGGCGCUGGACGAGGCGGCUCCCUGCUUUGAACGCCAGGGGCUUCACUGCGCUCGCUCUCUUCUGUUUGCGCCAUCGCCAUCCCGUCUUUGCGUCCCCCUGCGCUAUCCUUCAUCAUGGGCGCCUACAAGUACAUUGAGGAGUUGUGGCGGAAGAAGCAGUCUGAUGUGCUGCGGUUUUUGCUGCGUGUGCGCUGCUGGGAGUACAGGCAGCUCCCCGGCAUCGUCCGCGUCACUCGCCCUUCUCGGCCUGACAAGGCUCGCCGUCUAGGUUACAAGGCCAAGCAGGGUUAUGUGGUGUAUCGCGUCCGCGUGCGCCGUGGAGGCAGGAAGAGGCCAGUUGCCAAGGGUAUUGUGUAUGGAAAGCCUAAGAACCAAGGUAUUACACAGCUUAAGUUCCAGCGUAACUUGCGAUCAGUAGCUGAGGAGCGGGCAGGAAGGAAGCUUGGAGGCCUUAGGGUCCUCAACUCUUACUGGAUCAACCAGGACUCUACAUACAAGUACUUUGAGAUCAUUCUGGUUGAUCCGCAACAUACAGUUAUCCGUAAGGAUCCAAGGAUUAAUUGGAUUGUGAACCCCGUUCACAAGCACCGUGAGUUGCGUGGACUAACAUCUGCUGGCAAGAAGUAUCGUGGUCUCCGCGGCAGAGGUCACUUGUAUACCAAAGCUCGUCCUUCGAUUCGUGCUACAUGGAAGCGCAACAACACACUUUCUCUCAAGCGCUACCGAUAGAGCUCUUAGAGCUUGCGCUAUCUCUGUAUUCCCGUGGGGCACUGGUGCUAUUUUAUAUGAGAAUCCGUCACAAUUCUGGACA